GAUCUUUCAACUUGAAACGAGAAAGCAAAGCAGCACAAACACAAAACGGGAAAAGGGUAGCAUUUGUCAUCGGUAUAGCAUCAUUGCAGUAUCUGAAGCAAGUGUGCAAGCGAAGCGAAGAUGCCCAAAGAGCUGUAUUACAAGAAAAGGAAGAAGACCAAACAUGACGAUGCUACUAGUAGUGAUGAGCAUAGCUGUACAUGCUGUAGCUGUAAAAGCAAGAAAUCGUUGGUCUUCAAGUUGUUGAUGGUGGUGGUCUUGGUCGUUCCGCUGCCAUUUUUGGGGUUGGGGUUUUUUCUAGGCUGGGGGCCUUUUCAGGAAGCAUUUCUGCAAUCCAUUACUACUAUUACCACUGCUUCUUCUAGUAGUAGUAAAACCAAGUUGGUGCUGCCCAUGCCCACCAAUGAUUUGAUCCACCAAGCCAUGGCAUUUGUUCAAUCCCGCGAACAAGCUUAUGACAACGACCAAAUCCAUGCCCGUUGGAAGAUGCGAGGACACGGCCAUUUGUACCAUUAUCACAAUCUCACAUUGGCUGCCUUUCUACAUACACAACAAGAAGAAACGGCAGUUUAUAUUUUCAAUGUCCAUCCUGCCACUUCACACUCUUUUCAAGACUGUCACUUGCUCUCCUUGUGGGCCAGAGUCAAUGGACCGGAAGUAUGGGCUGGAAAACCACAGCCCAUCAAUAUUACUACAAGUACAAGUACAAGUACUACCAAUGGCAAUACCAAUAAGUACAAGUGCUACUGGAAAUUCCAAUUUGGAUUUGGAAAGCAUUCAUUGCUGCCUGGAAAUUACAGGGUCGAUGUCAAACUCGUGCAAUGGAAUGGCAUGGCACCGGUACAUCUCUACGACACAUACGAACAAUCACCCGAAUUGAAUGGUCAAACGUCCCAAUGCGCGGACGUUCAUCAAGGACAAUUCAUUUCCCAACAAGCCUAUCAAACGGCUCCCUUCAACACCAGUCUCAUGGGAUUCAAACUAUAUACUCCACUCUCGGGAUGUUGCGAAAUGUGUCGACGGACUCCCUUUUGUCGAUAUUGGGCCACACCACCGCAUCAAUUGCCACGGCCAAACAUGGCCGAAAAUGGAUGCGAAUUGUUCUUGACAAAUACAAUUACCACUACCACAACUACGACUACUACUGCCAAUUGGAUACAUGUACUGCAAUUCAAUGAAUCGGAGGACGUACCACAACCACAUAUUCUAUACAAUAUGAUUGGACGCCAAAACAGUAUCAUUGCACAAGAAAAAAGAGAACAAGCGGCCAAAGAAAAAGCCAAUAAUAAUCCACAACUACGACAGCGAUCCAGGCGUCGCUUGAAUGUCAUGACAGCCUGGGGAAGUGUCGACCAAAUUAAUAAUGAUCAAGUCGCAUACUUUUUGGGAUGUGGAUGGAGUUUUCAUCAUACUCUGGAAUUCCCAUGUCUAUCGGCGGAUUGGGAUGAUCAAGUAUUCAUGACACAAUCCGUGCUUUCCAUUCCCAAUACUGACACCACAGCAACCACAACGACAACGACACCACAACUCCCACUUUGUGAAGCACAGGACGAGUUCGUGACUACCAAUACCAACCAAUACAGUCUCGCCAAUCAACGAUAUCGGCUCGGAAACACAACCACUUCUGCCGCUGCAGCUGAUUCCAGCUUGACGAUCAUGCCGACUGGUGUGGGACGAUGGGUCCGCAAACCCACACCCACCAAGGACGUUUGUCCUAUGCCUUACGAAAAUUUGGAUGGAAUAUAUAGUCAACGCAAUCCCAUUUCACGACCCGACCCCGAUCGACCCGCAUGUUGGUAUCGCGAAGAUCUCACACCAAUCAAUCAACAAUGCAAGGAAAUCAAUUGUCAUCUCAUUAAACCGGAGCACAAAUGGAAUGCAUCCACGCUCCAACACGAACGAGACUGGAUGGGUGUAUGGAACAAUUAUCAUUGUGAUUACACAGAAUUUACCAAUCGACAAUUAAACGAGUGCUUUCAAACCCGACAAAUUUCCGCCAUUGAAGUAGACGGAGCAUCCAUUGCCGCCAUGAUGAAGAAUUAUUUUUUGGCAAGAUUGGCCAAUGUAACACUGGUACAAUCACAACAACAAGGCAGUACUACGAAGCACGUGUGGGUCAAAUCCUUGCAAUGGCCUCAUCUUCUGUGGCAACAAAGUGUGGAAAUGUGGGAAACCACGUUGCAAAAGGAACCGGACGCCAAGGAGCACGAAAUCAUGCUUUGGGUGACACCCUUUUUUGCCAGCAGUGAACGGGAACCCUACGUGCAUCUCGAACGAGUCUUGCAAUUCAUGAAUGUCGCCGAACGAAUACUGACUCCCAAGGGGUAUCAAAUGAUUAAUCUAUUUGAUCCGUCGGCGGCUUUUACGUAUGACACGGGAGGACAAGGGGAUGGAUUGCAUGUUGUGGGGCCGCCCAUGAAGGUCGCCGUGACCAAGGUGUUUCAUCAUUUGUGUUCCAAAGUCGUCAAGGGGACUCGGAUCUGAGUAUUUAGGCAUCGUCAAUGAUUUCGGUACCGUAGGCCUUCGAAUAAACCCGAGAAACUGUUUCUCAUCCCAGAAACACAGUUCUGCAAUCUCGCCCAGCCCGACAACAGAAGAAUGUCCACUCUGCGCAGUGGUACCACUCCCCAUUCAAUUAAGUUGUGGAAUAUGACAUGGAAUUUUUGCCACAGAAAAUUCCGCCUUCACACUCCCAAUCCACAUAUACCAGAGACUUCUUGGUGUUGGGAUGACUCAACUCAGUCCCAACACUCAUCAAGUUUCAACGAAAGGCUCCGGAAGCAAUACGGGAGCCCCCCAAUGCAAUCAUUACGAAUACUGCAGCAGCUGACUGCCACACGGGGAUAAUAACCACGACAAGCUAGCUAAGCAAAGCAAAGCAAAGCAGAAACGCGCGAUAUUGGGAUACAAACUCAUCAUCAGAGCAGCGUCCAAGUCGACAACUUUCAGUGUUUGUCCGGGAUCACUGCAUGAUAGCUGCUGCUGCAACGAUUGUGCCUUCAAAAAACUGUGGAGCAGCGUUGUAGUGGGGUGGCUGGCCGUCUACGGUUUCAAUACUGAUGUUGAGUUGUGGGAGUGGAAUUCUGUCCAUGAGAGUUGCUAGUUUGCUGCCAGCCGUCAACUUGAAUGGCUGGGAUUUGCACUGGGUUGGCUGCUUUGGGGAGUGCUUGCUUCCUCGUAGUCAUGGAAAGAAGGUUCUCAACAGCGCAGGCUUGAAACUAUGCACACAUAGGGAUCUGGACUUGGAGUGUCUAUGCAUCUCUCGACGGCGUUGGCUUGAAACUAUGAUAUAUACGGAGGGAUGUUGACUUGAAGUGUCUAUGCACCGCCAUCACAAUCGCAAACAACAACACAACAAUGGACGAAGCUCGUGAUCGGUAACACCGACUACUGUUGCUUCUAAUAGAACAACAAACGUUUCGGCCUCCGUACCGUACCGCUAGUAGCUAAGCAUGCAAACCAAAGAGGAGAUGCAGCGACUAACGACAUCAUGAAGAGGGAGAGUGUUCAAAAGUUCAAGAGAGACAGAGAGGAAUAGCUUAGACUUGGAAGUCGACUACUACGAACUGGACCUUGAGGUCAUCAGGCUUGCAUUCGUCUUUGCCCUCGCAGCCAAGACCACUCUACAUUAUUAUGGAUCGUCUUUGACGGCGGACUCGUCCCUUCACUCUGCACCUCCUCAGAGCGAGCUUAGCUCUCCCCCUGCCCACGGCUUGCACCUACCUGCCGCACCCGCGUUCGCACGAUGCAUGGAGGCAAUACUACGUUUACGUUGACCACUGCUGCCCCGUUGACUCACAAACGCGUCGCGUUGUUCUUCUGCGGUGCAGCCUGCAAGAAGCAUCAUCAAAACUCUUCACGAAGCAAGUAUCCAGCAUGCUGGAUCGUAAUGCAAUAAGAUCCUUGCA